AUGAAGAGGACUAUGUCCGGCUCUUUCGCACAGAGCUCGAAGAGCAUGCGCGACGAGCAAUCUUUCGCAGGAAGAGGUGUUUCCUUCCUUUUGAAGAUUGUGUCAAGUGGGUGCGCGCCAUGGGCCUUUGGGACAACCAGGAGGAGUGGGAAGAGUGGAUUCAAAUGGGUGAGAAGCGGAACCCAUACAUUCCAAGCCGCCCAGAAAAAUACUAUGGAGAUCUGA